GAUGGACUGGAGUAUUUCUUUCAGAUCAAGAGCCUGCUGUUUUGAAGUUUUAACGGGGCCGAUGAAAGCCUGGGUGUGUUUGAAGUGCGCAGAGCGGCUGGCUUUGUGUUGGUGGACUCCUCCCGUCGUGUGAUGAAGUUCAGACGCGCUCCGUAGUUCCGUACGCGCGUCACCAGCUUUGCACAGAGGAGCUUCCCGACGCGAGGGGAGGAUGGAGAGACGUGCUGCUCGCGACCACGGGAGGCUUUGAAUGUCACAUUACACGAAGCUAAUUGACGCCCUUUCACUUUUACGAGGUCAUGUUUCAACGCUUUGCAUGAGCAGUGACCCGGCUGCUCUGGAUUCAGAGAUCCAGCACCGCCUUUCACGUCCGUCCCCGAGUUGAGAGGCUUCCUGGGCUGCGUGGACCGUAAAAGAAAAAACGUGACUCGGUCCCUCGCGGUAAUGUUGUAGUUCACUCGGACGAAGCUUCUUCUUUUUUUGGGAUACAGGAAAUGUUGGCAUGGCCGCCUCGCGAGCACAGAAGUCUCAGAAGAGUGAGAAGUUGGACGAGGCGCAGGCUUUGGCCAAGAGCUGCGCGGGGAGACCAGACUUCCUGCCUUGCGAUGGGCUCUCCAUCUGCGCUACCCACAGCCACGGGAAGUGCUUCAAGCUGCACUGGUGCUGCCACUUGGGCUGGUGUCACUGUAAGUAUGUGUACCAGCCCAUGACCAAUGUGUGCCAGCUGCCCAGUACAAGCGUGCCAGCUGUUGAGACAGAGUACAGUAACACCAUGGACCUGUCCGUCUCUCUGGCUGAGCGCUUCCUGAAACUCGCCCCCUGCUUCCAGUCCCCACCUCACCUGGAGUCGCCCAAGUACUGCGUCAUUGCGGAUCUGUUUGUGGAUGACUACAUUGUCAAACGCAUCAACGGAAAGAUGUGCUACGUGCAGCGCCCUCCGCCUCCCUUACCAGAACCUCCUCAUCCUCCCACCCCUUCCCCACCUGCUCCCUCUACACCUCAGAUGCCCCAAAACCCCGCUCAGCCUCGGAAACCAGUGAAGCCUGCACCACCAACCCAAUACACACCUGCGCCUUUGCAGCCGGUCCAGCAAGUGCACAGUGAACACAAACAUCCUACCACUGUGGAUAAGAUAAAAGGCCCCAAAAUGGACCACUGCUCCUCUCCGUCCAGCUCAGAGGACUCCGGCAUCAACGCGCUGGGUCUGCACUACCUGGAGUCCUGCGAGGAGGAGACGGAGGAGGAGGAGGAGGAGGACGACGAGUUGAGCACAGAUGGGAACUCCAGCCCCGGCAGCUUCUGGGAUCAGGACGACUGUUCUCUGCUCUCCCCCUCCAAGUCUAUGAUAGAGAUCAUCGAAAAGAUUGAAACAACUGUGUAACUGACACAACAUCGACAUGGACACCAGCUGUGAGGGAGCGAGAGCUACAGAGCAGAAUUAAUGAGAAUAACACUAAGACUAAUAGGACACAAACCCCUCUCUGAUGCUUCAGCGGGGCUUUGCGUGGUUGUUUGGUUGAAUUAGUUUUCCGGCAGGUGGUCGAGGACUGUGCGUCUGCGCUCGCACACACAUCAUGUAAUCUGUCCACAUCCCCUGCAUGGAGUGAAUUUCUCGAAUUUAUUACAAUACAGAAGAAAGCCACAAGCACAAGAAUAUUAAGCACAUGCACAGUGGACCAAAUAGACCUCCUGUACGUGGUACAUACGCACUGUACGCACUGAAAAGAUUCAAAUACUAAAGGACUCAAUAGUAGGUGCACUUCAGUCAGAGGAAAGUAAGAGAAAAAGUGAGACUUUUCUCUGUGAUUUUAGAAUAUAUUACUGGAGCUGAACUUUGUAUGAACAUAGUUGGUAUCAGUAGGUUUUCUGAUGAUAAUGAGCUAGGCCAUGCUUAGUGUUCUCCAGUCGUCAGGCUGCCAGACAGACUUUAUUCUAAUUCAGCUUUUAAGAGGCAGAUACGCAAGUGUCCCAUUUCUAGUUUCUCUGGUCAGUGACUCCACCCACACGUAUUAGUAAUUCUGACACUUCAGCAUAAUAGCUACAAGGCCAGCUACCUCUCAUGGGCCUAAAGCACAUCAGCCCACUCAGCUCCGGGCUCCUGGGACACGACUGCUUCUGUCACGUUAAUAAAAAGAUUCCGGGCCGUCAGUUUGUGUGCACUUUACUGACACCAACACGAGCCGGUAGGUAGAUAGGUAGGUCAGUGUUUGACAAUCAAGAAGCACAUUCCUAUACUGUUCCUGCCAGCGAGGGCCAAGGCUACUCUUAUAAAAGCAUUUAUCAGACAUUAACACAUUGUUCUGACCACAUAUUCUGGUCAACCUGGUCUGAACUGCUGUGCUGUUCAAGGUUAAAUGGGGCGUUAAGCACAACAUGACUUGUAUUGCCCUCUAUUAGCAGCCAAGAAAUUAAAUAGCACAGACGUGUCUCUGGCAGAGCUACAGUGACAAAAGAAGGAGUCACGUUGUUACAGCAGAAACUAGCAAAGAGCACCUAGGGAUGAGGGAAUAUACAGUAUCUAAUAUAUAUAUACAUAUAAACUUAUACAACAAUAAAACUGAAUUGUUAUUUGCUUUUUGGGCUUGACGGUGAAAUGUCCUGUGAAGCCAGCUGAAAGGGAGUCUGGUAGAGUUGUGCAGGUUAGACUACAUCGCAGCUAUGUUGUGUUAUGGGGCAGAAAAAUGGCACUUAAUGCGCCUUUAAUGGAGAAGUAUGGAAUAGGUUGCUGAGUAUGUUGUGGUGUUAUAAGAAAAGCACUUAGAUAUAAUGUUUGUGAGACAGACCCUCAUUAGUCAGUUAGUAAAAUGAAGAUGGGCUUUGGUCUUUUAAAAAAAAAAAAACGUUUUAAUGUUUCAAGUGUUGUUUCCUGGAGAGUUAUCUGCAAAAAUCACUAAAAUCUUCACAAAUAUGUAUUGCUACAAUGAUACGCUAGAGAUGUAAACACGUUUUUUUUCAAAAGAAGUACUUUUGCAUGACUGCAUUCCUUUGCAGAAGUCCCUCAAGUAAAAAAUACAAUUUAACAAAUUUGUGGUUCAGAGUGUUCAAAAAGUGAACAAAUCAUAUAUCUGUCAUUCAAUUCAAAUGUUUUUCGCUUAUUCAGGAACCUUGACACUGAACACAAUCUGUCUUAAUGCAUCUAAAACUUAUGUUAUGUUCUUAUUAUUGUUAUAUUAUUUUCAUAUGAAUAAAUCCAAAUGAGACUCACA